AUGCGCAAAAAGAAGAAGUCGCGUCGACAAAUCGAGGCAGAUGAGGUUGAAGAAGAAGUGCCGUCGAUUGAAUCAGAGCCUCGUCUGAUGGUGCUAGCAGUGGUCGAAGGAUCCGCGACUACAUCGAUCGCAUUAGAAGUUGAAUACGGGCCAGACCCUAAGUCUUAUAAAGAGGCCCGGCGUGACCCCCACAGUGACCUUUGGGAGCAGGCAGAAGUUGAAGAACUGCGGUCGUUGGAAGCAAAUGAGACGUGGACGCUGAUCAAUCUCUCCAUUUCAACAGGUUAUGAGCCCAAGAUUGCGCGCGCGCCACCAAGUAUGCUGCACAAGUGCGAAACGAAGGAGCUCGUGACAGAGGACUGA